CUGGAAGACAGUUAAAGGACUCGUGGGCUGUCUCUCCACCUUUAUCAAGGACUAUUCCUCAACCUCCGCAUAACAUUCAAACACUGUCCUUCACACAGACGAACAUCAUUAGAAGAAUUGGGCGGAUUGGAUUAAAUUCCAUAAUAUGGAUGUUAUCUAUUUUUUCAUGUGAGCUACAUUUGGAUUCUACUUUGGGAGUCUUCCCACUCUGCACUUGUUACCGAAAGGAUAGAUGCUCCGCCUGGGUCCCCGGAGAGUAUAGGUUAGAGCGCAGGGACGGACCGACCGCUGCAACAGGUGCUCCUCAGCUCGCGAGCAUAUCGCUGAACUGAAUUCGAGGACCUCCGAUAUUAUAUUUUCUCACAUUUUGAGAGGAACCCGUUACGCACAUAAUGCCUGUUCUGCUGAGCCCGGAGAUCGCCGCCAUGUUUAAAGAGAAAUGGCUGCAGGUGCACCCGGAGGGUCAGGGUGACGAGGCCGGAUCUCAGCACCUUGACGACAGUCUCACCAGCCUCCAUUGGCUUCAAAACUUCUCAAUCCUUAGCGCAAAUCUAGAGAGUCGACCCACCAGCUCCGGCUGCCCCUCACAGCAGCACUUGCUGUACCACCAGCGCCUGUACCCCCAAGGCACCGACUCGCCGUCCAGCCCACCAGCCGGGGAUACUGCUGCCACGGGGAUGCCUCUAUGCCUCGGUAGCCCCGUUACCUCCGGUAGCAGCUCCACGGACUUGCGUGGGGCGCAUUACUCACAGACUUUACACUACCCGCAUGACCACCUCCACAUCACAGCGCAGGUCAGUCCCCCGGACGAAGUCGAUUACAAGACCAACUCGAAAGUCAAGCCGCCGUACUCCUACGCGUCUCUUAUAUGUAUGGCCAUGCAGGCCAGUAGCCAGCCCAAAGUGACCCUGUCCACUAUUUACAACUGGAUCACAGAAAACUUCUGCUACUACAGACACGCAGAGCCCAGCUGGCAGAACUCCAUCCGCCACAACCUCUCCCUCAACAAGUGCUUCAUGAAGGUUCCACGGCAGAAGGACGAGCCGGGGAAGGGGGGCUUUUGGCAGAUCGACCCUCAGUACGCCCACAUGUUCGUCAACGGCAUCUUCAAACGCAGGAGGAUGUCCACCAACCACUACAGCGGCGGCGGCAGCAGCAGCCACAGACAGAACAAAGGGCCGCAGGGCCAGGCGUACCACACUGGCUCCCAGGGCCGGAGCCAAAAUGGCUUCCUCUCAGACACAGAGGUCUACCACGGGGUUGGGGUGGGCAGCAAACGCAAACACCUCUCUCCCAAACACAACAGCAAGCUGGUGCGGAUGCCCAAGUCCCCCCUGCUAGCGACGGAGGCUAACGGGGCCGACAUCCUGAGGGGGGAUUUUGACCUGGCGUCCGUGUUCGACGACGUCCUGAGCGGGAGUUGCAGUACCUUCGAGGACCUGGACAUCAACACGGCGCUGAGCUCCCUGGGCUGUGAGCUGGACCUGAGUCUGCAGGGGAGGCACCCUGCUGGGCCGGCCAGGUGGUGUGGAGAGGGCGAGCCCCACAUCCAGGAGCAGGCCCAGAACCAGCUCUCUUAUGGCUACAUAGAACUGAACAGUGCUAUGGGAUGUACCAUGAUGGAGGACAUACAGCUCCAACAGCAGCAGCAGCAGCACCAGGAUCUGCUGUUACAGGCACAGCUCCAUCCCCUCCACCAGUUUGAGGAACCCGCACUGUUCCUAGAGCAGCAGGAGGUGGUGGAGGAGGUGCAUCCCUGGGAGAUCAAAGAGGAACUGCAGGUGAUUCCUCUGGGUCUGGAGCAGGGCUUCACCCUCUCCGAUGGCUUCUUCUCUGAGCUGCAGCCCUGGGAGAGAGGUCAGGUCUACAUGUGACCUCCGGAAUGUACCAGGCCUCCAGAAAGAUGACUACCCCUCUCUAACUAACACAA